UCUCUCCCGGCAGAUGGUUGUUUUGAGGCUGAGGGAGUCUGAGGUCUCAAGGUGCCCAGGGAACCAGAGAGAAUGGCCGCUGUGCUCUGCGAUCUGGCUGAGAUGAGCUUGCUGCAGGGGCCACCCGGCUGGGGUGGGGGGGGUCCAGUUGGUGUGUAGGGUCAUCUCCGGGCCCUGGGCCUGGCAAGAAGGUAGCUGGCCUGCCUUGUCCCCACCCUGAGUGUGUACCUGUGCUGGGGUUCCAGCCCCUUUCUCUGUCCUCAGACUUGCCUGACCUCUCUCCCCAGAGCCACAGCAGCCCAACCCUAGAUGGGGGUGUCACAUCCGACUGGGCCUCUUCUGCCUGGGGUUGUGGUGGGUGUUGGGCAGCUCUGGAGUCAGCUGGACCUAGGUCCCUGUCCUGCCUCCUCCCGGUGUCAGCUUCUCCCAGCUUCCAUUUCCUGGCCUCUCGGAGGGACGUGGGGCCACGGGUCAGCCGACAGGAGCAAGUAGCCAUGAGCCCAGCAGUCGCCUUGGGGAGGUGCACAGGGAGGUGAAGACCCAGCCUGACACAUGGUCAGGGCAGCUGACUGCAGACUGACCCCUGGACGACCCAUUCCCAUUGCAGGGCAACUAUCGAUGAGGUGGAGACAGAUGUGGUCGAGAUUGAAGCCAAGCUGGACAAGCUGGUUAAGCUGUGCAGCGGCAUGAUCGAGGCCGGCAAGGCCUAUGUCACCACCAACAGGCUCUUCGUGAGCGGCGUCCGAGACCUGUCUCAGCAAUGCCAGGGUGAUACCGUCAUCUCGGAAUGUCUGCAGAGGUUUGGAGACAGCCUACAGGAGAUGGUCAACUACCACAUGAUCCUGUUUGACCAGGCCCAGAGGUCCGUGCGCCAACAGCUUCACAACUUCAUCAAAGAGGACGUGCGGAAGUUCAAGGAGACCAAGAAGCAGUUCGACAAAGUGCGGGAAGACUUGGAGCUGUCCCUGGUGAGGAAUGCCCAGGCCCCGCGGCACCGGCCCCAUGAGGUGGAGGAGGCCACAGGUGCCCUGACCCUCACCCGCAAGUGCUUCCGCCACCUCGCGCUAGACUACGUGCUACAGAUCAAUGUCCUCCAGGCCAAGAAGAAGUUUGAGAUCUUGGAUUCUAUGCUGUCCUUCAUGCAUGCCCAGUACAGCUUCUUCCAGCAAGGCUACAGCCUGCUGCACCAGCUGGACCCCUACAUGAAAAAGCUGGCGGCCGAGCUGGACCAGCUGGUGAUCGACUCGGCGGUGGAGAAGCGGGAGAUGGAGCACAGGCACGCUGCCAUCCAGCAGCGGACGCUGCUGCAGGACUUCUCCUACGAUGAGCCCAAAGCAGAGUUCGACGUGGACGCGCCCAGCGGUGUGGUAAUGGAGGGCUACCUCUUCAAGAGGGCCAGCAACGCCUUCAAGACGUGGAACCGGCGCUGGUUCUCCAUCCAGAACAGCCAGCUGGUCUACCAGAAGAAGCUGAAGGACGUGCUGACCGUGGUGGUGGAUGACCUCCGCCUAUGCUCCGUGAAGCCAUGUGAGGACAUCGAGCGGAGGUUCUGCUUCGAGGUUGUGUCGCCCACCAAGAGCUGCAUGCUGCAGGCCGAUUCUGAGAAGCUGCGGCAGGCCUGGGUCCAAGCCGUGCAGGCCAGCAUCGCCUCCGCGUACCGGGAGAGCCCGGACAGCUGCUACAGCGAGAGGCUGGACCGCACGGCGUCCCCAUCUACAAGCAGCAUCGACUCCGCCACGGACUCCCGGGAGCGCGGCACCAAGGGAGAGAGUGUGCUUCAGCGCAUGCAGGGCGUGGCUGGCAACGGCCAGUGUGGCGACUGCGGCCAGCCGGACCCCCGCUGGGCCAGCAUCAACCUGGGCGUGCUGCUCUGCAUCGAGUGCUCAGGCAUCCACAGGAGCCUGGGUGUCCACUGCUCCAAAGUGCGGUCUCUGACUCUGGACUCGUGGGAGCCUGAGCUGCUAAAGCUGAUGUGCGAGCUUGGAAACAGCACCGUGAACCAGAUCUACGAGGCCCAGUGCGAGGGCCCGGGCAGCAGGAAGCCCACGGCCAGCAGCCCCAGGCAGGACAAGGAAGCCUGGAUCAAGGACAAGUACGUAGAAAAGAAGUUCCUCCGGAAGCCGCCCUCUGCACCAGCCCGGGAAGCCCCGCGGCGCUGGCGGGCCCUGAAAUGCCCGGGCCAGCACAGCUCCCCCCGUGCCCCCACCGCCCGCCGCAAGGUCCGGAUGGAGCCUGUCCUGCCCUCCGUGGCUGCUCUGUCUUCAGGCGCGGUGGAGCGUAGGUUCCGCCGGGAUUCCCUCUUCUGCCCCGACGAGCUGGAUUCGCUCUUCUCCUAUUUUGACGCAGGGGCUGCUGCGGCUGGUCCACGCAACGCCGCAGGUCUGAGCAGCGACAGUGGCUUAGGGGGUAGCUCUGACGGCAGCUCGGAUGUCCUGGCCUUCGGCGCGGGCUCUGUGGUCGACAGCGUCGCUGAGGAGGAGGGUGCAGAGUCCGAGGACUCCAGUGGCGAGGUGGACGGAGAGGCAGAGGCCUGGGGCUUGGCCGACGUGCGGGAGCUGCACCCCGGGCUGCUGGCCCACCGUGCAGCGCGCACCCGCGACCUUCCCGCGCUGGCCGCGGCGCUGGCCCACGGGGCUGAGGUCAACUGGGCAGACACAGAGGAUGAGGGCAAGACGCCGCUGGUGCAGGCCGUGCUAGGGGGCUCAUUGAUCAUCUGCGAAUUCCUCCUGCAAAACGGAGCCGACGUGAACCAGAGAGACAGCCGGGGCCGGGCGCCCCUGCACCACGCCACGCUUUUGGGCCGCACCGGCCAGGUCUGCCUGUUCUUGAAGCGGGGUGCCGACCAGCACGCUUUGGACCACGAGCAGCAGGACCCGCUGAGCAUCGCGAUCCAGGAAGCUAACGCUGACAUCGUCACGCUGCUACGUCUGGCGCGCAUGGCGGAGGAGAUGCGGGAGGCCGAGGCACCCCCGGGCCAGCCAGGCCCCCUAGCGGGCAGCAGCCCUACCGAGCUCCAGUACCGCAGGUGCAUCCAGGAGUUCAUCAGCCUCCACCUGGAGGAGAGCUAGGGUGGGUGGGCCUGCAAGUGGUGAAACCCAGCUGCCUGGCCCAAUUCUGAGAGUCCUGGGGCCCCAGCAGCCUGCUCUGCCCUCCUUGGAGCUGUCCGGAACCCCAGGGCCAGGGGAGGGACCCCAGUCUUCUGAAGCCCCGCGUUUCCCCAGAGGUGCUGACCCUAUGGCUUCAGGUGACUCCUUCCUUGGGGGCCUGGGCUCCUCAUGUCACAAACCACUCAUAAGGCUCUGUGUCACCUUGUGCCCCCGUCCCCAGGGCCCAUGUAACUUUGUGUCCCUCUGUCCCUGGGGCCCAUGUCACCUUGUGUCCCUCUGUUCCAGGGACCUGUGUCACUUGUGUCUCUCUGUCCCCAGGGACUGUGUCACCUUGUGCCCCCACUUUUAUUGCUCCAGACACCGACCUGCUAGUUGGGUCCCUCCUACACACCCCCAGAGCCCCUCCACUAGGCCCUGAGGCUGGUGGCUGGCCACCAGCCCCUUGCGAGGGCAGAAGGGGCAGCCCAUCCAGGGAAUCAACCCGUGUACCUCACUUAGUGACCCCAGCGUCCAAGCUGGGCUUCUCGGGUGCUGGGGGGGAUCUGGCGUGGGGUCUCAGCCCUCGCUGGACGCAGGCGUCCCAAGGCCACGUGGCUGGCCACGCGGACCCCAUGCCGGGAGGCCCUAGAGGGGUCCCUGCCUCCUCUGGAAGUACUUGGCCCAGAGCAGGUGCAUAAAGGACUUUGGCACUUUGCA